CGCUCCGCUUUGUGUUUGUUUCUCGAAAGGGGAACCUCCACUCCAAUCCAGUCCGAUCCGAUCCGCCCACCUCAGCUCGACGGCGGUGUUCUCAGCGGCCUGCUGCCUUUAUAAUCACUCCAUUAGGCUUGGAUCAUUACCAUGCGGCAUCUGAUAAUAUUGGCCGUAAUUUUCGUGGCCCUGGUUUUGGCCAAGCCGGCGACGGAGGCUCCCCGUCUGCUGAUCGAUUCGGCGCCCUCGGUGGUCUCCUACCAGGGAUCAUCCCAGGCACAGACCCGCUUUGUCAUUGCGCCCAUGGGCCGGGCACUGGGCUACGUAGAACCCACCAACCUGAAUCGCACCUUCCACACGAAGGCCACGCAGGAGGACGGCUCCACGGGCUACGAGCAACUCAACCUGAGCCCGGUCUAUGUGCCAAACAGCUAGGCAAUAGAGCGGUGCACUUAGUUUUAGAUAGUUGAAUGUGUAAAUAAAGGCAGCGAGUAUAAAGUAUAACGUUCUAGAUUAUUAUUAUUUACUUUAUUUUUAUUCAGGAUCAACAAAUGAUUUAUUUGUAUUAAGAACAAACAAUCAGUUUGUUUUUGCA